AUUGGUGAAAGAAGUUAAGCAAAACUGAAUCAUAGGCGUAAUGGUCAGAUCCAGGGCCAACAAUGAAAGUUCUCUGGGUUAUCCAACUGAAACUUCAACAUUACUACCGACAAGUUCUAAGGUUACAUCUCGGCCAAAAAUGAAGAAAACGAAGAACAAGACUAAAACAACUGAAAAAUCCAGUGAAGACCGUGCUUCUAAAGAAAACUCCAAGUUGGGGACCUUUGACGGUGUUUUUUUACCAACAACAUUGAAUGUUUUAUCUAUUUUAAUGUUCUUAAGAUUUGGAUUCAUCAUUGGACAAAUGGGUAUCUUAGGGACCUUCUUGCUACUUAUAUUAUCAUAUUUCAUUGAUAUAUUAACUACCAUGUCUAUCAGUGCCAUAUCUACAAAUGGAACGGUUAAAGGUGGUGGAGCUUAUUACAUGAUUUCCAGGUCAUUGGGUCCUGAAUUCGGGGGUGCAAUCGGUCUUGUGUUUUUCAUUGGACAAAUCUUGAAUUCCGCUUUGAAUGUGGUGGGUUUCAUAGAGCCAUUACUUUUAAACUUCAAUGAAGCUGAUGGUACUAUUUUGAAAAUGUUACCAAUUGGGUAUACCUGGCAGAUCCUUUAUUCUACAUUAUUAUUAGCAUUAUGUACUGGGGUUGCCUUGGUUGGAUCGAAAUUAGUUUCCAAAACUGGUUUUCUUUUAUUCAUUAUUUUAACCAUAAGUACCUUAUCAGUACCCUUUUCCACGUUAUUCGUUAAACCUUUCCAUCCCCUUCAACCUCCUCUUGAUGAUCUUGUAUAUACUGGUCUUUCGUGGUCAACUUUUAAAGGUAAUUUAUUGCCUCAUUUCACUAGUGGAGCUGCUGGUUCAGUCCAACCUCCUGGUGAGCCGGAAACUUUUAAGAAUUUAUUUGGUAUCUUUUUCCCAGCAACUGCUGGUAUUUUCGCUGGGGCUUCAAUGUCGGGUGAAUUGAAAAAUCCUUCAAAGUCUAUCCCUGAGGGAACUCUAAAGGGAUUGAUGGUGAGUUUUAUACUUUAUUCAAUGGUGAUCGUUGCUAUGGGUGCAGCUAUUCCAAGAGAUUUACUUCAUAAUAGUGUUGAAGUAAUACAAGUUGUUAAUCUCAGUGGAUUUUUAAUACUUUUGGGUGAAUUUUCAACAUCCUUAUUUUCAGCCAUCAUGGGGAUUGUUGGCUCGGCUUCAAUGCUUUCAGCAAUUGCGGAUGAUAAAAUCAUUCCUGGCUUAUCAUUUUUCACUACUACUAAAAAAAAUAAAUCAAAAGGUCCAACAAAUGCUAUUUUAAUAACUUGGUUUAUUGCCCAAGUUUUCUUAUUUGCUGAUAUCAAUCAAAUUGCAACUUUUAUUACCAUGGCUUUUCUUAUGACUUUUAUCGUUACCAAUUUGGCUUGUUUUCUCUUGAGAGUUGGUUCUGCCCCCAAUUUUAGACCUUCUUUCAAAUAUUUCAGCUCAAGAACUGCAUUUACUGGUGGUGUGUCAUCCAUCAUUGCUAUGUAUAUUGUUGAUGGUAUAUCUGCUACAUCAGUCAUUGUAUUUUUAAUUAUUCUCAUUAUGUUGAUACAUUAUCUGGCCCCUCCUUCGAAAUUCGGAGAUAUUUCACAAUUAUUAAUUUAUCAUCAAGUCAGAAAAUACUUACUUCGUCUUAAAUUACAAAUGAGUGUGAAGUAUUGGAGACCGCAAAUACUUCUUUUAUGUGAUGAUCCGCGUUCUUCUUGGAACUUAAUUGGAUUCUGCAAUCAUUUGAAAAAAGGAGGUUUAUAUAUCCUAGGACAUGUCGUUUUGAUGAAUGAUGACACUGCUAAUCGUGAUCCUCGAUUGAGCGAACCUUUAAAUCAACUGGAAUUUAAUGUGGACUCGUAUAAAGAAAUUCUGAAACAACGUCAAGCAUGGGUAAAGCUUCGUGACUUAUCUAAAAUAAAAGCAUUUGUUCAAAUUGCAUUAGGUCCAACUUUACCUUGGGGAGUCCGUAAUGUUUAUCUUGGUUCCGGACUUGGUGGUAUGAAACCUAACAUAACAGUGUUAGGAUUUUAUGACUUUGUGAAGCAUGGUGUGGACUUUCCUGUUGUUCCAAGCUUUGAAAAGGAUAACAAAAUGUUUCAACUUCCUACGGAUGAUUGCAGAAGGGAAAAGAAAAUAUCAAUAAAUCAAUGGGUGCAAAUAGUUGAAGAUUUGAUUAUAAUGCAAGCAACUGUCGCUGUGGCCGCCAACUUUACCAAUUUAAACUUACCUAAGAACGACCAUACACAUCAUCAUUUUUGGUCUAAACCCAAAAUCACAGACUCUGCAAAAAGAUUCAUUGAUUUAUAUCCAAUACAAAUGUCAUCUAUCAAUAUUUUGGAAGAUGGGAAAUCAGUUCUCUCAACAAACUUCGACACUUAUACCUUGAUUUUACAAUUGGGUGCAAUUUUAGCUACAGUUCCUGAAUGGAAAUUCAGCUCACAUGUUCUCAGGGUCAUUGUUUUCGUUGAAUCGCAAGAUGAAGUUGAAGAUGAAAAAAAUCGUUUGGCUAAUUUGUUAUCAUCUUUGAGAAUAGAUGCUCAAACCAUAGUUGUUUGUCUUGACGAUGGUAAUUUGGAUACUUAUAAUUUCGUUGUUAAAGGUUACAAUGUUACUCCAACAAAUAAACUUAAAUUUGAUAAAAUUGACCGUAUGUUGAAGAACGAUCAGUGGUGGAAAAAUUUGUGUAAUGCAAGAACUACCUUGAAAGAUUUGGAAAAACAAAGGGUUGCUAGAAGAAAACAAUCUUUGAGAUUUCAACAGCAAAUUCCAGUCAAUCAUUCUAAAUCUUCACUUUCAUCCUCCGCAAAUCUAUCUGAUGGCUCAAAUUCUAAUUUAAAGCUACAAUCAUUGAACUUAAAUUCAUCGAAGAACCCAGUCCAUGAAUCUAAUCUCUCAUAUGAUGACAUCAAAGGAAACAGAAGAUAUACCAUUUCCAAUUUGCAUGGCCAAGGAUUAUCUUUAUCCUUUAAUAUGAAAACUCAACAAGGAAACGACUUUUUCAAAUAUGAUGAUUCUAAUAGUGACAGUAGCAGCAGUAGUAGUGAUAGUGAAAAAGAAGAUUACAUGGAAUCUUCUGGUAAUCUUGAUGAGUAUGGCUCUACUUCAAACUUGAAUAAAAGGAUCUCAAAAGGAUCGCCAUCACCUGCAUUAUCAGGAAAUUCAAACCCAAAAACUUCUUCUGAGUCAAAUAAUAAGAUUUAUAGUUUAGGUGAUCACUUUUUAGCGAAAGAAAAAGCACAAGGGGAUAGAAAUAACUCGUCGGACCAAAUAUCAAUAAGGUCUUCUAGAUCCAAUUUAAAACCACAUUUUUCGUCCGUUAAAACCCCUCAGGCUCAGCUAAAUGUUGGGGAAGAUGAAGAAGAUGAAGAAGAUGAAGAAGUUGGCAAGCAAAAAAUCGGCUUUGUAAAUGAUGAUCAAUCCACUGAUGACGAAGAUGACGGUGAUGAUGCUAUGGAAG